AUGGACGGACUCUUCACUUUGCUCGCCUUGAGCACUGUGAUGGCAAUUACUUCCUUCGUGGUCGGGUCCCUACCUCUCGCGUUUACAUUAUCUCCAUCCCAACUGCGCCUGAUUUCCUCUCUUGGAAUGGGAGUACUUGUCGGGACAUCCUUGAUUGUUAUUAUACCCGAGGGCGUUGAAACUAUCUACAGCUCAAGCGCAGUCGCUCGGAAAAGCCUUAGUACGCGAUCAGUCAACAUCGAUUGGCAAUCGCAGGGGGUGUCUGCGGCAGCCACACCGAUCUUGUAUACUAGAAACGACGACUCCACGUUGUCAUUUGAUACCCUUGCUUCAUUGUUGUCUCCGGACAGCGAAUCGACAUUGCCCAUUUCCGACGAUCGAAAGUCGGCUGAUGCGCAUGCUUUACUCCGUGUACGAAAGCAGGACACAUCGAGCGAAUCCAGUCAUAAAGAAGAGAAAGAGGAGCAUGAGAGCUCACCGCAUGCUUGGAUUGGUGUUGCUCUUAUCAGUGGAUUUAUACUGAUGUAUCUGGUUGAUAAAAUGCCUCAAUUUGCAUCUUCGACCAAGCAGGAAAGAACUCCCUACCACAUCUCCCUUGACAACCUUGGCUCCGGCUUGCGAAGGGGCUCUUCACCUAUUCGUGACGGAGGAUUGCUCAAUCCAGGCCAAUCUAGCUCGCGACGUAGUCACAGUUUUGCCACUACUACGGGUCUAGUGAUUCAUGCAGCGGCAGAUGGUAUUGCAUUGGGUGCCUCCAGCUCGGAUACUGGACUGAGUUUUAUUAUCUUCCUCGCCAUUAUGGUGCAUAAGGCUCCUGCAUCGUUCGGACUUACAUCUGUACUGCUUAAGCAGGGUCUGUCGAGUCGCACAGCGAGAGCCCAUUUGCUGGUCUUCAGUCUAGCAGCUCCAGUUGGUGCUCUGGCCACUUUUCUCUUUGCGCACCUGAUAGGCUCAUCCAACGCUGACGAGGCCAGCUCUCUGUGGCGGACUGGAAUGCUCCUACUUUUCUCCGGCGGUACCUUCUUGUAUGUGGCAAUGCACACGAUGGAAGAGAACGGGCCCGGCUCAAGCACGCGAGAACUGCCUACUAAUGGAUAUGGCGAUUCCCGGGACUCUCAGAAUGGAUCAGACAAGUCCAUGAGAGACUUGAUCGCAUCCGUGGUGGGUAUGGUUCUGCCACUCUUCUUGCAGAUUGGUCAUGCUCAUUGA